AUGGUUCCCAACGAACUUAGACAAACUACAACCAAAAAAUUCGUCCUACCAUCGGUGGUGACCGUAAUUAUUGCGCUCUUAAUGUAUUGGAUAUGGUCUAAUAAAACACCAGAUGCAUGCAAUUUAACUGGAGUUUUCCAACGUGAUUUCAACAUAUAUUACGGUCUUAUGGGUGUUAGCAAUCCGUUACUGAUCCGUAGUGCAGAGCAAUCUAAUACUGCCAACAGCGAAUGUCGUGUGUUUUAUGAUGCGAUGAAUAUUUUACCACCUGAUAAUACUGCAUCGAUUGAGUCAAGAAUAAUUCUGGCAGCCCGAGGUGCUGGUAAAACACAGAUUAGACAAUGUGUACUCUCUCGGCUUCCUCUCGAGAAGCAUAUGCUGGUGAAAAUCUAUGGAGUAGAUAUUACAACUUAUUUAGAUAACUUCAUUAAAAAUACCCACUCCAAUGAUACUAAACAUGGUUUUGAACAGAUUCGUAACCUUUGGUCAACGUAA